AUGUCCUCUCACCAAUGUCCAUAUUGCCCAAAAGCGCCCCCUACAGCUCAAGGAUUGAGCUCACACCUCGCUCAAUCUCAGCGAUGCAAAGAAAAGCUGGCAGCCUUCUAUAGAGCUGAGGACUUGUUGAAUGUCAACAAUGACGAGGAUGUUGAGAUGGGAGACCAACCAAUGUAUGCUCCCAAUGAUCCCGACAGUGACUUGGAAUCAGAUCCCGAUGUUGAACUUGACCCACCGAGAGUCAUCCCUAUUGCUGAAUCAAAUCUCUCGGGUGAUGAAGGACCUGCCGACCUCAACACGCAUUCGAGACGUGCAUCAGUUGAAGAGGUUGAAGACGAGGACGAUGGAGAUGAUGCGCGAUACAUUGAAGACUAUGCAGGUGCUGGUUUGCCACAUGCUGAAAGGUGUCAGUCCAACUUUAAGCGCCAUUUUAACAACCAAAGAGAAGCCGGUGACGCACCUUGGGCACCUUUCGAGAGCGAAGAUGAGUGGGAACUUGCAAGGUGGCUGAUGACAUCCGGUGUCAGUCAGAAGCAAAUGGAGGAGUUCCUGAAGCUGAACAAGAUUAAGAAGGGGGCGGACCCUUCUUUCCACAAUGUCCGGGCACUACUGAAACGAAUUGAUGCCCUUCCCGGUGGACCUGACUGGACGUGUACAUCAUUUCGAGUCCAAGGUGACGUUGUUGACGCAAACGGCGCUUUGAAGACAGAGGACGUAGAACUUUGGCAUCGUAAUCCUGUCGAAUGCAUCAAAGAAUUAAUGGGAAAUCCAGCGUUCAAAGGCAAACAGUUUUACGCACCAAAGAGAGUGUAUAGGAAUGCUGAUGGCACGAAUCGUGACUGGUGGUGGUUUAUGCAGAUGGAGUUGCCUGAUGGGGUCACAAUCGCACCCGUCAUUGUGUCUUCUGACAAGACACAGCUCACCCGCUUUGCUGGGGAUAAGCAAGCGUGGCCGGUGCCCUUGAUUGAUGUGGGGACAAACGGUGUCGACAUGCAGUGCGCUGAUGGCUUCAUCCGAACCAUCUAUCCGAUCUUGGCAUCGUACAUUGCCGAUUAUCCCGAGCAAUGCCUUGUCGCGUGUUGCAAGGAAAGUGCCUGUCCAAGGUGUAUCGUAAAUCCAAAGGAGCACGGCGCCCGACUUUUCUCCGACUCACGCGAUCCUGGAAUCACAAUCCGCGUCUUGGGAGAGAAAGCUGAUGGCGAAAACCCACCCGAAUUUGAUGAUCACAGCCUUCGAGCCAUCAACCCCUUCUGGGCAGACCUCCCUCACUGCAAUAUAUUCACGAGCAUGACGCCCGACAUUCUCCAUCAACUUCACAAGGGGGUUUUCAAGGACCACAUCUCGAGUUGGGCGACGGAAGCCACUGAAGGUGGUGAGGGUGAAGUUGAUGCGUGCUUCCAGUGUAUGUCCCCUCAUCCAAGCCUCCGACAUUUCAAGAGGGGCAUCUCGUUAACGACACAGUGGACCGGAACUGAACACAAAAACAUGGAGAAGGUUUUUCUUACAGUCCUCGCUGGUGCCACCGACCCGGCUGUCAUCCGCGCUGUGCGUGGCAUUUUGGAUUUCAUCUAUUAUGCUCACUUUGAGACCCAUACUGACGAAUCUUUGGGUCUUCUCGACGCAGCAUGGCUCACCUUCCACGAUAACAAACACAUCUUUGAAGAUCUCGAAAUACGGAAACACUUCAAUAUCAGCAAACUUCACAAUAUCAAACACUACAUCGAUGUGAUCCGAUCACAUGGAACUGCUGAUGGGUUCAACACAGAAGGUACAGAACGCCUACACAUUGAUCUUGCGAAAAUGGGGUACAAGGCAACCAACAAGAAGGAAUUCAUCAAGCAAAUGACGAUAUGGCUCCGCCGCCAAGAGUCCAUCCAACGUUUCUGCCUGUACCUCCAAUGGGCCGUUCCGGGCUAUACUGCUGAAAUCUCGAAGAACGGUAGCGAGGUUGACAAAGACGAAGAGGAGGACGAAGAGGAGGAUGAAGAAGAGGACGACGUUAACAGAGUGGCUGCGGGAGAUGAAGUGGUGGAAAGUUAUACCGUCGCAAAGAAACCUGCGCUGCACAAUGUUUCAGUAACGUCCAUUCACCUUACGUCGUUCAUCAAUACGGAACGACUGGUUGGCGACAUUGCGCUGAGCGCAGCAUCCGUGUUUGAUCUGUACAAGCAAGUUGGAUUCGUCCUCCCCCCAAUUCCUGAAGUUACUUCGAAACCUACGCCAGAUGUCAUCCAUGCCGUCAGAGCGGUGCCAGCCAUGAUAACUUCGCAAGGCAUAAAACAGGCCGUUCCGGGUCGAUUUAGCACAGUACUCGUUCAAGAGAGCCCGAGCAUUGUGGCGGGUGGUCCUUUAAGUGGACUCCGCGUUGCUCAGGUAUGGGUCAUCUUCAAAUUGCCAGCUGAAUUUGGCCAAUACAACCACCCCCUCGCCUACGUUCAUUGGUACACACCCCUGCGACCCACCCCCAAUGAUCUCGACACCAACAUGUUCACAAUUUCGAGGUCCUCUCACAAUCAUCGCCAGCGCGCAUCCGUCAUUCCUGUGGCCAAGAUAAUAUGGAGCUGCCACCUUGCUCCAAAAUUCGGCCGCAAGAUGCCUGAUACUUGGACAUCAUCUACGGUUCUUGAUGAUGCAACCAACUUUUUUAUUAAUCCCUACCUUCGCCAUCACGACUUCUUCCUUCUAUGA